AUGACAUUUUCCAAAGCCAAGGAUCACCGAGCUGAUAGUCCCAAGUGUUCCGAGGACAGGCUCUACCCGUUUGUCGUGCCGCCUCACAGCGGGAUGGUAGGUUCGCUGGAGGAUCAAGCGACGGAUAGUGUAGUAGCGAAUGGUGAGAGUUGGAAAGCCCGUGCACUUGCGACAAAGAGCGACAAAUCUUCCGAGCUGAUUGACAUUCUUAUUUACACGGUUCUGAUCGAGGGCUACGCUAAUGUUUCAAAACCACUGUCUCAGAAACAUUGCACAUUGUUGUCUGUGCAAUGUGGAGUGAAGGAGAUUUGUAGCAAGCCAGGCCCGAGAUUCAACCACUUGUGUGAAUAUAAAACAGGUAAAGGAACUUAUCAUUCUUAUCGGUGCUAUUGUAUAUUUCUAAGUGACUUGUCAUAUUAUCAAAUAGUCAAUUUACAUCGAUGGGAAUAA